AUGCACCUGCUCAGCAGCAAAACGCUGAGGAAACAAAGCAAGAGAAUAAACCCAGCGAGGAGCCGAAAGCUGAGUCCAAGCCGGAGUCACCACCAGCCAGUGCCACCGAGGCGGCAGCCACACCGGCGGCGACCGAGAAAGGUCCCCGAGGAAGAGCAGUUCACCUACCGCUCCCUGGUACUUUCCGGCUACGGGGGCUAUGAUAAGGUGAAACUGCAGGUGAAGAAGGGGAAGCCGGCACUCAAGGCCGGAGAAGUCAUGGUGCGGGUCAAGGCAUGUGGGCUGAACUUUGCCGACCUGCUGGCCCGGCAGGGUCUGUACGACCGGCUGCCGUCCCCGCCUGUCACGCCGGGGAUGGAGUGCUCCGGGGAGAUCGAGGCUGUGGGAGAAGAGGUGACCGAUAGAAAAGUAAGCGCGCCGCAUCCUCUCCGCUCUCUCCUCUCCAGCUCUCUCACUUCACCUGCUUCUGAAGCCUGUUUUAGAAAUUAUUUAGCCUACUCUUAUGAUUGCCUAGUAAACCAUUUGACAAUUUCCAUGACCAAGAAUAUGUUGUCGCCUAGUUUUUUCCAAAGAAAGCACAUUUGGUUAACUAAUUUCUUGAGGUAUUUGGGUUUAUAUCAGGCUGCUGUUUGAUUUAGGGCGUGUCAGUCUUUGCUAUUGAUUUGAGCUGACAAUCCCGUCUCAUGUGUUCAUGUUCGUAAUCUAUUACCAGCAUCACCAUCAUCAUCACCACAUUCAACACUAA